CACCCAUUGUUAAGCUACAGCAUGUGAGUGAGAGAGAAGAAGAAAAGCGGUGCAGAACAAUUCCAGACUCUUCCAAGUUUUCAGGGAAUGAAAGAGUAAAACUGCACUUAAUAGCCAAUCACCUUACCUAGGAGAAUAGGAGACAGAGACACAAAAAAACCACAAGAAAGGGAAAGCAGCCAGACAAAAGGGAAAGGCAUCGAAGAGUUGUGAGGCAGGGUAAGUGUUAAAGCAGAAGUGGAGGAUGGAUGGUUGGUUGAAGGAGGUGCAGCGUCGACCCCUCCUCUGUGUAUUCUGCAGUUCACUGGCCUUCAGACUACUCCAGACACUGCUGAAGUUUCUGCCCAGACCCCAUGCUGUUAACUGUGAUCAAUGGAAGAGCUAUAAAUGGAAGAAUCUCUCUGUGUCAGUCGUCCACUCACUCCUGACUGGCACCUGGGCAGUUUCCUGUGUUUUUCAGUACCCAGUGAUGGUGUAUGAUCUGCACUCGUCCUUUACUCCUGUCUCAUAUCUGCUUGUCAUCAUCUCAACAGGGUACUUUAUCCAGGAUGCCGGAGACAUCAUUUUUAGUGGGUAUGCACGAGAAUCAUGGGAGUUUCUGCUUCAUCAUGUAUUGGUGAUAUGGACGUUCUUGUACGCUGUUCUCACAAGGCAAUAUGUGGCUGGUGCUGUGGUAGCUCUGUUUGUCGAAGUAAACAGUGUAUUUCUACAUGCACGUCUCAUGCUCAAAAUGGCUGGAGUGACCAAAGACUCUCUCCUCUACACCAUUAACAAGUUUAUCAAUGUCACAACAUACAUCAGCUUUCGCCUGGGAGCGCAGUCCUACCUGACAUGGUACAUUCUGGUAAACUACUCUUGGUUGGACCAUGCUGGGUAUUUUCUGACAUCUAUGAUGCUCAUGAACAUCAUGAUCCUCAUUUAUUUCUAUCGUCUGCUGCGAACAGAUUUCUUCUCCAAGCACAGCCAAUCAAACGGUGUCCGCAAAUUUGUCCAGGACUGAAACACUACAUGAGUAUUGAACAUUCAUCUGUUAAAACAAGAACCUCUGAAUUUCAUGCUGGAGUCUGGUUUAACAAUACUUUAUGGUUAUACUUACAGACCUUACAGACAUACCAGAUAAACCUGCUUUUCACAUGCAGUGCAUGUUUUCAUUUUAAUUAUUUUGAUCAUGAGCUGAGUUUACUGUUUGAUUUUGAUCUCCAUGUCUGUGGGGGUCUUCUGGGUUCCUCACACAAACAUUGCUGGUAUGUGGAUUGGCUAUGCUAAAUUGACCCUAGGUGUGCACAUGCUGGAUGCCUGGCUGCAAAUUAUCAUCAUGCCCAGUGGAGUCCCUAACCAGGAUACACUGCUUUCUGAAGAAGACUGAAUGAGACUUAUUGCAUCUCUUAAAUGCAAUAAGUGUGAAAUGACAUUAUUUGUCUUUAGAACACUCUAUAACAUGAAGAUUCAUGGUGCUGAAUUUUUGCAUAAACAUUUUCCUUACAUAACUACAUGUGAAGUUCAUGAUCUGAACAGUAAAUUGUCUUUAAUAGAGAUCACUAGUAAAAGGGUGUAGUAAAAAUUUAAUAGUGACUAAAACUAAAACAUUGCAAAUACAUGGUAAUGUCUCCAUGCACUUUUACAAAUGCACCAAAGGAGUCACCUGAAUUGAGGCGAGAAUUAAAGUACAAGUUCCUAUCAUGUCAGUGUUGGCCCAUUAGAUGCCACUGAUAAAUCCAAAGUGUAUUCAAUAAUUCAGCAAAAGAUAAUUAUGUAGGGUGUUUAAUUUUAAAAAUAUAUAUGGAAUUGACUUGAAUCCCAAAUCAGCUUAAGGAUUUGUUAGGGAAUGGUUAGAAAUCAAGCUUUUUAAAAUUCAUGUUACAUUCUCAUUUUGAAAGUAUUGAUCUAAUCAGAGACCUGAGAGCUUCUGACCAGAAAAACGGUGGACAGAGAACGCAUUUUAAUUGUGCUUCCCGCCACUGAAAGUACAUGACACCAUAAGCACAAUAUAAAAAGACCUUUCUACAGUCAUGUGCAGAAUCCAAAAACCCCUACAAAAACUGUAAAGAAUGUAACUUGCCCAUUGCAGAGAAGUAUAGGUGGAUUUAGAACAGAACAUUUUAUUUUCUGAAUUUUGUUGGGCAUUAUUCUUUAUUUUAAUGAGUACUUGACUAUAAAAGUGGACGCACUGAGAAAUUAAACUAUUACUGUAUCAACUCA